CUGACGCUCUACCACUGAGCUAUAGGGGCAUUGUUAGCGUAAUGAUGAGAAUUAACAAAGAGAAAAUACCGUUCGUACGAAACAAGCCGCCUGAUGAAUCAUCAGCACUUUCAUCCUUGAAAUUGUUAGCUCUAAUAGAUUUCGAAUUUUCUGUGUGGUAUUCAAAUUUCUUGAGAUGGAGGACGCCACUUUUGACUCUAAUCUGAUUCACGCCAUUUUCAAGUCCGUCUGGAGCGAACGGGCUCUUGAGCGGGAAAAAGCUGAAUUCAACGAUAUUUUAGACUCCGAGGUUUUGUUCCCGACUCAGUUUUUCCUUUUCUUUCCAUUUUAUUUCUACCAUAUUUUUGAUAUUGUUUUGAUCAUAACUGUUUUUGCUGGUAUUUCUAACUGUAAUGGCCAAUUUGUGGUAUUACUCGAUUGCCUACUCUUCUUUCUCGUUACAACCUACUUCGGUUAAGUGCAAAUUGUGUCAAUCAAUGGAAAAGUCAAAUUGACUCCCUUUAGUGCAUUCAGGUGACAAUUGAAGAUUAGGAUCUUUUUAUUCUGCUGUUAUACCACAAGGACCCCGUAAUAUUUGUAUUUUUGGCUUAUAUGAAGUUGGAUGUGUACAUAUACAAUCACUUUUAUGGACAAUAUCAGAGGCACUGCGUGCUUGAUUUCAGCGGCACUCUUCAAUAUUAGUUCAUGUGAUGCUAUCCUUUGCUAGUAGUUUGAGUCAGAAAAAGCUGUUACUGCUGAGUAUUUCACCUUGUGAUCUGCUUAUGAAUAAUGAUCCUGUUCCCUUACUUUGGAUGGACAUUCAAUAUCUUUCCAUGGAUAGCAGCAAUGCAGCAUGAUCCUAAGCAAGACCAACAUUGUAGUUUCACAUUAUAUCACCGGUCUUCUUUGUUUACAGAUUCUUUUCCUUGACUGUUAUUUCAUGUGUUGAUGUUCUGCAACUAAAUUUUACU